GAGGUCGGUCGCAACACUGAUCCAUCUGGGGGAAUCAGAACAUCAAUCAACGACCAACAAAAACUCCCACUAACCUCCAAAAAUCUCCCCUCCUCCACUCCCCUCCUUCAUACAGAUUCGCCGUGGACUAAGUCUCAGCUCUCUUCUCUCUCUCUCACUCUCACUCCCUUGUUUUCAUAGCUCGCUUUCUCCCUCUUAUGGCUUCAAUCUCAGGCCUUUGUUCACCUUCCUCAACAUUCAAACCUGAAAAAUUCAUCCCCAAAACACUAUCAACUUCAGCUUCCCCUCAUUCAUUGUUAUCGAUUCGCAGAGACUCAAUCGCAUUUCAUAACAAAUCGAAGCUCUCCGACCGAUGUUUCGAUCGGAGUUCUACUCCGUUAGCUCAUUCAGUGGCACGUGACAUUCCCGCGAGUCUCACCCCGACCACCGACGAUGCUUUACCCAAGUCAAACAAUCGAGGGCUAGAAAAAGAUCCACGAGCUCUGUGGAAGAGAUACGUUGACUGGUUGUACCAGCACAAGGAAUUAGGGUUGUAUUUGGACGUGAGCCGGGUAGGGUUUCCGGAUGAGUUCCUGGAUGAAAUGGAGCCCAAGUUUCAGAAAGCGUUUGACCAUAUGGUGAAGUUGGAGAAGGGGGCGAUUGCGAAUCCCGAUGAGGGAAGAAUGGUGGGGCAUUAUUGGCUCAGGAAUCCGAAACUAGCUCCUAAUUCGUUUCUGAGGUUGCAGAUUGAGAACACUCUCGAGGCCCUGUGCAAGUUCGCUGACGACGUCGUCAGUGGUAAGAUUAAACCUCCAUCUUCUCCAGAGGGUCGCUUUACACAAGUACUUUCUGUUGGAAUUGGUGGUUCAGCUCUUGGACCACAGUUUGUCGCAGAGGCAUUGGCUCCUGAUAAUCCCCCUCUCAAGAUAAGGUUCAUUGAUAAUACGGAUCCAGCUGGCAUAGAUCAUCAAAUUGCUCAGCUUGGCCCUGAGUUGGCUUCUACACUUGUGAUAGUGAUUUCAAAGAGUGGAGGUACUCCCGAAACCAGAAACGGUUUACUGGAAGUACAGAAGGCCUUCCGUGAAGCUGGCCUGGAGUUUGCAAAACAGGGAGUUGCCAUUACACAAGAAAAUUCGUUACUAGAUAACACUGCAAGAAUUGAGGGUUGGGUAGCUAGAUUUCCUAUGUUUGACUGGGUUGGUGGUAGAACUUCUGAAAUGUCUGCAGUUGGUUUACUUCCAGCAGCACUUCAGGGAAUUGACAUAAGAGAGAUGCUUGCUGGUGCAUCACUGAUGGAUGAGGCAAAUAGGACCACUGUGGUCAGGAAUAACCCUGCGGCGUUACUUGCUUUAUGUUGGUAUUGGGCUUCUGAUGGAAUAGGAUCCAAGGAUAUGGUUGUCCUUCCCUAUAAGGACAGCCUUCUAUUAUUUAGUAGGUAUUUGCAGCAGCUUGUCAUGGAAUCACUAGGGAAGGAGUUUGACUUGGAUGGUAAUCGAGUAAAUCAAGGACUUUCUGUCUAUGGAAAUAAAGGAAGCACAGAUCAACAUGCCUACAUUCAACAAUUGAGGGAGGGCGUGCACAACUUCUUUGCAACAUUCAUUGAAGUACUACGUGAUAGACCCCCUGGUCAUGAUUGGGAGCUUGAACCUGGGGUUACUUGUGGUGACUACCUGUUUGGAAUGCUACAGGGAACAAGGUCAGCUCUGUAUGCCAAUGACCGGGAAUCCAUUACAGUCACUGUUCAAGAAGUGACACCUAGAUCGGUGGGGGCUCUAAUAGCACUUUAUGAGCGAGCAGUGGGGAUUUAUGCCGCAUUGAUCAACAUUAAUGCUUACCAUCAACCAGGUGUGGAAGCUGGCAAAAAAGCAGCUGGAGAAGUUUUAGCUCUUCAGAAGCGGGUUCUUGCAAUACUCAAUGAAGCCAGCUGUAAAGAGCCCGUUGAACCAUUAACGCUAGAAGAAGUAGCUGAACGUUGCCAUGCUCCUGAAGAUAUUGAAAUGAUUUACAAGAUUAUCGCACACAUGGCUGCCAAUGACAGAGCGCUCAUCGCUGAAGGUAAUUGUGGUUCACCCCGGAGCAUCAAAGUUUUCCUUGGGGAGUGUAAUGUCGAUGAAUUGUAUGCAUAAGUCGCAUAUGCACAAUGCCUUUGUUUAAGUUCACACAGAAAAAGCCUCUAAUCAACUGGUUUUGACCUUGAAUUAUUUCCUGGUUGUUGAGGACUAAGGAUACUUUUGUUUUUUCGGAUUUAUCAAGAAAUAAAUACUGUGUUGAGUGCUGCAUGUUCACUUAUUCAUCCUGUUAUGUUGGCUUGGCCUUUCUCUUUUUUUUAAUUCGUCCCUUUUUGUUUUGUUAAGAUGAGUAUUAAACAUGUCACUGUCACCUCAUCUAUGAUGGUAUUCAAAUCUUUGUAAAUCAAAGAUACUACAUAAAUUUAACUAUGAAAACUAACCUUUAG